AGGGAGAAACUGGUAACUCCAACACUUGGUCAUCGAUUCGGCGCAUGAUUUAGAAAAAAGAGAAGGAAAAAAAAUAAUUUUUCACAAAGUGUUCGCCGAGUAGUGAGUGUGUGUGUUUCAUUAUUUUGUGGCAUUAGUUUUUUCAAAACUAAAAAAGAAAGAAGAAAAAAGAAGACAAGUGUCCGUGUUCCUUGUUCCCCUGCCGAAAAAAGGCCACAAUGCAGAAUUAUGGCCACGAGGACUACAAUUAUGGGGCAGAAGGUGAUCCAAAUGCGGGAGUUGGUCGAAAUCUUCCGACGGCACCGGGAGCAAGGCCCAUGGUUGAUCCACAGGCCCAAGGCGAAGUAGAUCCAAAUCUCUAUCCCGAACCAAAGGAGGCAACACACAAAAUUCGUGGCAAAAAUGAUGUUCUCGAAUAUCUUUUCGGCUCGGUCGAUCAAGAAAUGCUUAUCGUCAAGACAUUCUAUUUCUUUUUCUAUUCGGCUUUUGGAUCAUUAUUCCCUCUAAUGGGGGUCUACUUCAAGCAAAUGGGAAUGAACGCAGGUCAAUGUGGAUUGCUCGUUGGUCUCAGGCCGUUUAUCGAAUUUUUCAGCGCACCCUUCUGGGGAUCCCUAGCUGACAGGUAUCAAAAGGGCAAAUUGAUGCUGCUUGCUUCACUGUCCUGUUGGAUUAUCUUCACAUUGCCCUUGGGUUUCAUUCAACCACCUGUGACAACUUGUAUGAUUCAAAAAAAUAAUUCAUUUUUCCUGGAGACACCCGCAAAUCUCAAGGGACCAAGAAUCGUCAAGAGAUCUAUUGAUAAUAAAUAUUCAACGGCAACUGACUCGGAUUAUUUGGAAGUUGCGGCAAAUGUCGUCUUUCAGAGGUUACGUCGCAAUGUGGACGAUUUCUUCGUUGUUAAUCACACAUUGCCGAUUGCGGCUGUCACAGAUGCUACGAAGCAAAACGACACUCCACUCAGAAUUGACAUCGACGCGAUUCUCCAAAAGAAUAGACCUGCUGAUGUCUUGGAAUAUAAACGCUUUCUGAAGAACGAGCCCCUGAAUGAUGGAAGACCACCGAAGAAAGCUUACAGUCGACCAUUAAAAACACGAGUAAAAAAUCCACCACAAAAAGUAAUGGUAAAACGUAACAUUGAGAAUUUACACAUCGCGAGAGAUUUAGAGGCAAGUAUUUUAGAUUCUGAAUCGAGGGAAAUUCGUCAGAAAAAAUUAAAGUACUCGAGAGUGGAGCAAAAUAAUGAUGACGAAGAUGAUGAGGAAGAGGACGAGGAGGAAGAGGAACGUGAACAAGAAGAGGAUGAAGCGGAAGAUACUGAUGAAAUUGAAGCAUUAGACGAUGAUUCCGAUGAAGAUGUAGAAAUGGAGAAUGUUGAGAAAAAGGAAAAGAAACUUUUAAUCAGAAAACGUCGCAGUGCUAAUAUUUAUCCUAAAGCCACAGCUGGUCAAAGUCCUCUAUCUGUCAAAUAUGCCAGUAAUUAUAAUUAUGAAAAGGAUAAAGAUUUAGUUAAACCCUAUUUCAGCUCCAUUGUGUACAAUUUGUCAGACAUUCAAAAAACCUUCUUUCUUCUUCUACUAUUGGUGAUUGUUGGAGAAUUUUUUGCUGCUCCUGCAAUUACUUUAGCUGAUUCAGCUGUCAUUACACUUCUCGGAGAAGAUGCAGACAGAUACGGACAUCAACGUAUGUUUGGCAGUUUAGGUUGGGGUUUGGCUAUGUUUUUUGUGGGAAUUGCACUCGAUCAUAGUACUGCAUUUCCUGAUCAUCCCUGCGGUCCGGAUACGAGCGAAAAGAAUUACACAAUUUGCUUCGCAAUUUUCAGUGUUUUAAUGGGUGGUGCCUUAAUUACUGCCACGCAAAUUAAUUUUAAAUACGACUUUAUUGCCUCUGAGCCGGAAGUUUCUAAACCACCUGCGGAAUUAACCCGAGAGGAGGAACUACAAAAUCAAUUGUCGCAGCAAUUGAAUUUACCUGGUUUACAGGAUUCAUCGUCAAGUGCAUUACCACCACAACCACCACCGGCAGAAAAAACCAGUAAAAUAUUCGCCCAGACAACGAGGGAAAUACCCGAAUGGGUGACUGUGAUAAAACAGUUCAAGGAUAUUAAAUGCGCAUCAUUUCUUUUCGUUGCAUGGUUCAUGGGUUUUGGCAUUGGACUUAUUUUCACUUUUCUCUUUUGGCAUCUUCAAGAUUAUGGAGGUUCACCUACACUUUUCGGCGUUGCUUCCGUCAUUAAUCAUAUCUCGGAAAUUUUCGCUUAUUUCUUCAGCUUCCGACUCAUUCGGCAAAUGGGCCAUGUCAAGGUGUUGUGCCUUGGUCUCGGAGGAAAUGUGUUGCGUUUCCUUUAUAUUUCCGCCUUGAGAAAUCCAUGGUGGGUUUUGCCUUUCGAAUUCAUCCAGGGAAUAACUCACGCUGCCGUUUGGGCCGCUUGCUGCAGUUACAUCGCUCACAAUACGCCGCCUCAAUUACGUUCCAGUGCACAGGGUGUUUUGCAGGGACUUCACCACGGUCUUGGACGUGGUUGCGGAGCAAUAAUUGGCGGAAUGCUAGUCGCUAGUUAUGGUACAACAACGGUGUUUCGAGCUUACGGUUUCGUUUGUCUAUUGGUGUUGGGUGGAUUUAUUUUCAUCAAUUUCUAUCGUGUUGAUACUGGAUUUGUUUCCGAUAUACCAGCAACAGAAGAUCCUCAUCAGGUUGCCGAGGCAACUCACUUGGCACCGCACGGCGUGCCAAGUAAUGCAAUUCCCCGUGCUUUAAGUUCAAGUCGUCUUCAUGAAUUAGCUAAUCAAGAUCCCGGCUACGGUGCAACUUAUCAAACUAGCGGCGGUAAUUUGGGCGUACCGGGUAGCAAUGGAGGUUCUGUUAAUCCCAAUAAUCCGUUCUUGAACGGCGGAGGUGGUGGGGGAGGAGGAGGCGGCGGCGGCGGCUACAAUUACAGUAUCUCAGGCAAAGGAGAAGAUGAAUUCAUCCGUAGAAGCUUCCAGAUAUACAGUGAAGUUGUAGGGACGGAAUUCGAAAUUUCCAAACCACCACCAGUAGAAACUCAUCUUCACGCUCAACAACCAUGUACCAAUCCCUUCCAUCAACACGACUACGACUGGUAACAACUUACAUAGAGAAAAAAACCCCUUGUUUACAAUUACGUGUAACAGGAAAAAAAUGAUCGCAAGAUAUAGAAGAAUAGCGCGUGAACCGUAAGUGCUACAAAAAAAAAAUGCUGAGUAUGAAUGUCAAACAGCACUUGCAAGUGUGUACAUGUAUAAACGAAGAAGAAUAUGAGGAAAAAAUUAUUUCACAAUUUUAUCAUAAUUCAUGUUAUACAGGGGUGAGUAAAUAAGCUCAACUUAUUCAUCAAUAUUUCAUCAUUAUUGAGUCACAGGCCACGAGUUUACAGAUCGUAAUUCAUUAAAUUUUAACUCGAAAAAUUAUUUUACAAACAAUCUGCAAUUUUUUCUCUUUGGAAAAAAUUUUUUUUUUCAUUUCCAAAGAGAAAUAAUUUUCUAUUAUUCUGUGGUGCUUAUGCAAAAAAUUACAACAACAAUAAAAUCGGUAACACCAACAAUAACAACCAAGUUAAAAAUAGAAAAAAACAGCAAAUACAUUAAAAAAUGUAUAAUUAUAAAGAUGAUGAUAAGUAACAAACUACAGAAUUGUAU